UAAAAAAUAUAUAAGUAGGACCGUCCCAACCUAACCUUCAUCCUGAGAAAUAAAAAAUAUAUCAUUUAUAAGUAAAUAAUUUAUAUAAAUAAAAAUAUGUCACUGAAUGUAUUUAGGUAUCGAGGUUUAUACUCAAUUCGUAAUCAAUUGAAAUUGAAAUCCGGGUUUUCCCACGGGUCCCAAUCAUCAGUAUUUAAUGAUGUUGUCAUUCGUAAUAGUUCAGAUAAAUCUUAUCGCCUUGAACGUGACACAUUCGGAGAACUAAAAGUACCAGCUGAUAAAUAUUAUGGAGCGCAAACUUUAAGAUCUGUUAUGAAUUUUCCCAUUGGGGAUAAUUCUGAACGUAUGCCAUAUCGAGUAAUAGUCGCAAUGGGAAUUUUAAAAAAAGCAGCAGCAGAAGUAAACAAAGAAUUCGGUCUGGACCCAAAGGUAGCUGAGGCCAUUAGCAAAGCCGCGGAUGACGUAAUCAGCGGUAAACUUUACGAGGAUCACUUUCCACUAGUGAUCUGGCAAACAGGUUCGGGAACUCAGACCAACAUGAACACGAAUGAAGUAAUAUCGAACCGGGCGAUUGAAAUUCUCGGCGGAGAACUGGGCUCCAAGAAACCUGUUCAUCCUAACGAUCAUGUCAACAUGUCGCAGAGUUCAAACGACACUUUCCCAACUGCUAUGCACAUCGCAGUCGCUCUGGAGAUAAAUAAAAUUCUAUUACCCGGAUUGGCGCAGCUGCACGCGGCACUCAAGGCCAAAUCCGAGGCCUGGAAAGACAUCAUCAAGAUUGGAAGAACCCACACGCAGGACGCAGUCCCGCUUACUUUGGGUCAGGAGUUUUCUGCGUACGCUACCCAAGUCGAGUAUGGAAUCGCGAGAGUAAAAGACACUUUGCCGCGGCUGUAUCAGCUGGCGCUGGGAGGAACUGCCGUUGGUACCGGGUUGAACACGAGGAAAGGAUUCGCUGAGAAGACCGCCGCUAAAAUAGCAGCGCUCACUGGCUACCCUUUCGUCACUGCUCCUAAUAAAUUUGAGGCACUGGCCGCUCACGACGCCAUCGUUGAAGUUCACGGUGCUCUGAACACAGUCGCAGUCUCCCUCAUGAAGAUCGCCAAUGACAUAAGAUUUUUGGGCAGCGGACCCCGUUGUGGACUCGGCGAGUUAUCGCUUCCGGAAAACGAACCCGGGAGCUCCAUCAUGCCGGGGAAAGUGAACCCAACCCAGUGCGAAGCCAUAACGAUGGUCUGCGCCCAAGUGAUGGGCAACCACGUGGCCACAACUGUCGGCGGCAGCAACGGCCACUUUGAACUCAAUGUCUUCAAACCUGUGAUGGUCGCCAACACCCUGAGAUCUGCGAGACUUCUCGGAGACUCUGCAGCUGCGUUCACCAAAAACUGCGUCGUCGGUAUUGAGCCGAACAUCGACAACAUCAACAAAAUUAUGAACGAAAGUCUGAUGCUAGUCACUGCCUUGAACCCACAUAUUGGAUACGAUAAAGCUGCCGCGAUUGCCAAACAAGCGCACAAACAAAAAUUGACUUUAAAAGAGUCGGCGUUGAAAAAUGGCCUCACUGAAGAACAAUUCAAUCAGUGGGUGAGACCAGAGCAAAUGUUGGGACCUAAGUAACUUUCAUACUGUUCAUAAUAUAUGUGAAGAAUGUGUGUAUGAUUUAUUGUCAUCAAAUUUCAUUUUCACAAAAUCAUACUUAAUUAUUGUUAUUAUUAUUAUUGUUAAUUAAUUAAUUGCGUUGUAUGAAUUUAAAUGAAAUUAUUGUUUCAAAUAAUUAUAGAAAAAAAAAUAAAGUAAUUUAAAAUA